AUAAAAUAGUAACAAAAAUAAGAAAAUUUCCAACCUGCCCUAGGUCCCAUUUCUCUCAAUCCUUGCUUCUCCGUCCUCCUCCAUCGCCGCCGCCGGGAAGCAUCGCAGGCGCCGCCGUGAAAGUCUUCCUCAUUUUUCUCUUAUCCUUCUUGUACAUCACAUGACGUAAACCCUGAAUUUAGACCGCGGUUCUCGUUGAGCUUAGACUGAAAUGGUGGCGGUCUGAGCCUCGUUGGAGUCUUAGUAGGCAUUCAAGCCCCAUUUGUUACAAUAAGUCUCACAAUGAAGCCAAGAAGAACCACCGAGUCAUCUAGGGGCUCCAAAGCAAUUCAGGGGGAGGGCCCUAACUGGGUCCUUAUUGCAGGGAGUGCUUUGUUGAGCACCCUCUCGAUUCGCCUGGGUUACAAGCUUAAGCAGGUCUUUGAUGCUAAGCAACCAAACAGUAGUAGCCAGAGUCUUAAAGUAAAUGGAAAAUCCGAUGAACGGAGGAAGUCCUCGAGCUGCCAUUCGCACUCAAAUGGCUUUUGCUUUCCCCAUGAUGAAGAUAGUUGCUACAAUCAUUAUUCAGGACUGAGGACAGCUGUCGAGAUCAAACCUCAACUCAACGGCCAGAUAUCCGAACCCGACGAGAUGCCCCUCCCUCUCGUAACCGUCCCACCCUCCGAAUUCGACAAGGAAAACGGCAUGAUUUGGUCCUCCGCCUCCCCCAAUCAUCGGCUCGAGCUCCCCCAGAAGCCCUUCCACCAAUCAAACAGCUCCGAGUCCCCGUGCGUCUCCGAAUCCGGUUCCGACAUUUUCAGCAAGAGAGAGGUCAUCCAGAAGCUGAGGCAGCAGCUCAAGAAGAGGGAUGACACGAUAAUCGAGAUGCAGGACCAAAUUACCGACCUUCAAAACUCUCUCUCCUCCCAACUUUCUCACUCCUCCCACCUCCAAUCCUUACUGGAUGCUGCGAACCGGGACUUGUUCGAGUCGGAAAGGGAAAUCCAGCGGCUGAGGAAAGCCAUUGCCGAUCACUGUGUAGGCCAAGUGAAGGGCCCUGGUGAGAAAAUGCCCACGGUCCCCGUCUGGCCCGGGGAGGUGAAAAACGGGUAUCUGGAGAUGGAGGGCAAUUUGGGUAUUUUCGAAAAAGGGGAGGAGAAGGUCGAGUUGUUGAAGAGGGAGGUUCACGAGCUGAAGGAGCUGAUUGAGGGGAAAGACUAUUUGCUUCAGAGCUACAAGGAGCAGAAAUCUGAGCUGUCGGUGAAGAUUAAGGAGUUGCAGCAGAGGCUGGACUCACAGCUUCCGAAUAUUUUGUAGGGUGU